GUCCCUACAGCAGUGAUUUGCAUCUCCCUCUCUGGGUUGCUGUUGGCUGGAGCUGGCAGCUGCCUCAGUCCGACUCUGGCUGGGAAAGAGGAGAUCCCUGUCCUGUCAUUUUAUUGACAGGCGUGCUGUUAUGGACUCUUUUCCCAGAAGUUGACCAGGAAAAGCUGAAGCGCUGAAGUGUUUCCCCACCGAGUCUGCUGGUUUCCCUGGUAAUGGCUUGCUUCUCUCUGAGCCCCCACCCUGGUGAGAACACCCACGUCUAGUCUGUGAACUCAGCGAGGAAACACUGCUGUAAAAAUGACCGAAGAGCCCAUCAAGGAGAUCCUGGGAACCCCAAAGUGUCCCAAGCCAGGGACAGUGGAGAAGAGCCCCAAGGGUGAGGUCGUGGUCACUACGGUUCCCCUGGUCACUGAGGUCCAGCUGAUGGCCGCCACGGGGGGCGCUGAGCUCUCCUGCUACCGCUGCCUCAUCCCCUUCGCCGUGGUGAUCCUUAUCACUGGGAUCGUGGUCACCGCAGUGGCCUACAGCUUCAACUCCCAUGGCUCCAUCAUCUCCAUCCUGGGCCUGGUCCUUCUGUCGUCGGGACUUCUUUUGUUAGCCUCCAGUGCCUUGUGCUGGAAGGUGAGACAGAGGAACAAAAAAGCCAAAAGACGGGAGAGUCAGACGGCUCUGGUGGCAAAUCAGAGAAGCUUAUUUGCUUAGGGAGACCAGGUGGGGUAUUCGGCCUGAACAUCCUGCUCUCCCUGCAUCAGCCAGUCCUGCCAGAACUCGUGUGGGAGAUGAUGGGCUUGGCAUCCACCAGGCCAGAGGAACGGGAGCGGACAGAGGGUGGGAGGGCGGAGGGGGUUCUCCUGGGCAAGGAACAGCUUGUAUCUUCUUUAAUGACAAACUUAACUCCAAGGGCUCUUUCUCAGAUUGUAAAUGCAGUUUUUUCUUCACAUGAAUGAUGGUCAGGGUCAUGGGAGGUAUGCACCAUUAGCCAACAUUUGGUUCACCUUGGAAAGUAGCCAAGAGAAGAAGAGAAAAUAAUCAGACGGUUCUGGCAUACCAGUGGCCCACCUCCAAAAGAAAUAACCCACACGGCUGAGAAGCUGCAUCAGAAAACGUUCUGCGGAGAGUCUACGUGGCCUUGGACUUGGCGUCCUUCUAUGAAAUUCUGUGAUGACUUCUUUUUUCAAUAAGUUGAUCGUCUGGCACCUGUUUUAUUUUUCACCUUCAGGAACUCAUAAUUGGUGGUACUUUCUCUUGAAGAAUAAACUAAUAUUUUUUAUGUUUUAACAUGGGACAGUUUUAGCUGAUUAUAAAUGAUGUGUCAGAAGAGAGGUCAACGGUGUAGCUCCUAGAUGACGUAGGGAGGGCAUUAUAUUAAUAUUAAAAUAAUCCAACAUAGCACUUUUGAUGAUUUUUAUAUUAAAGUUUAAUGUACCUUUCAUUUGAAAUAAUAAAUACUCAUUGCUGCUGAAA